CCUGCUUUAUCACUUGCAAGGGUGCUUAACAGCACAAAGAUAGCACGGAGCAUUGAUUGAACGUUUCCCAAGUCAAAACGGAAUAUUUCGGGCUGAGAUGGCCUCACUAGGAGAACCUGUACGGUUGGAAAGAGACAUCAAUCGGGCCAUUGAGCUGCUGGACAAGCUCCAGAGGACGGGAGAGGUUCCCCCCCAGAAGCUGCAGGCGCUGCAGAGGGUCCUCCAGAGCGAAUUCUGCAACGCCGUCAGAGAGGUGUAUGAGCAUGUCUAUGAGACGGUGGACAUCAACAGCAGCCCGGAGGUCCGAGCCAGCGCCACAGCCAAGGCGACAGUAGCAGCGUUCGCGGCGAGCGAGGGCCAUUCUCACCCGCGCGUGGUGGAGCUCCCCAAGACGGAGGAGGGCCUGGGCUUCAACAUCAUGGGCGGCAAGGAGCAGAACUCGCCCAUCUACAUCUCGCGCAUCAUCCCCGCCGGCAUCGCCGACCGACACGGCGGACUCAAGAGAGGAGACCAGCUGCUGUCCGUUAAUGGAGUGAGUGUGGAGGGGGAGCAUCAUGAGCGUGCCGUGGAGCUCCUGAAGGCAGCGCAGGGUACAGUCAAGCUGGUGGUCCGCUACACCCCCAAGGUGCUGGAGGAGAUGGAGUCUCGCUUUGAGAAGAUGCGCUCAGCCAAACGCCGCCAGCAGAACAACAACUACCCGCAGUAGCACACACACACACACACACACACACACACACACACACACACACACACACACACACACACACACACACACACACACACACAGCCCAAUCAGGGACCCUACUCUCUCUCUCUCUCGCUCUCUCUCUUUUAUUAUAUCUCUUUCUCUUUUAUGAUCUUUCUUUCCCCUAUUUUCUAUCUCUAUCUAUUUUAAUCUCUCUCUCUCUCUCUCUCUCUCUCUCUCUCUCUCUCUCUCUCUCUCUCUCUCUCUCUCUCGAUCCCUUUAUUUCUGUAUGUCUUGACCAUUUUCUAUUUAUUGUACACCCACCCCAGGUAGAGACCCCUCUAUCCUUAUCGUCUCUCUUUUAUAUAAUCUCUCUUUCUCUCUCUUCUCUCCUCCUUUCAGUUUUUCUCUUUUUCGCGGCACUCAAUUUUCUCUGUCUUACGUUGUCUCUCUCCUCUCUUCUCCUCUCCUCUCUUCUCUUCUCUCUUUCUUUCUCCAGUUCCUGUUCUCCCUCUCCCCCUCCUUCUGCCAUCUGGUCUGUUCCUUCCUGUCUUCCGCGGAGUUCACACUUUCUCUCUCUCUCUCCUUUUCUCCCUGUAUUUCUUCUCUCUCUCCUUCCUCCUCUUCUCUCUCCCUCUCUCUUCUUCAGCCAGGGAUUGUAGCCGUGUAAUGUUAUGGCACUUCUCACUUCGAUCUUUUCUGAAUUUUUUUGUAAAAAAAAACCCCCAAAAAAACUACAUAAUGAAAAAAAUACUGAGCAUUCGAAUUUUUAAAAUCUUGCGCUCACUUAACACUUAGCAUUAAGCUUUUCACCGUAGACUUGCAAUGUAGACCUGCAAUGUUGUGUCAUGUCAUUAUUACUAACUUUGAAACAUGUUAACACAAACACAUACACAGACAUCAAUGUGAUGAUUGUACUAUUUUAUAAAUUGGGUACGGCGCAAAGGGCAGCGAUGGGGGAAUGUUUUUGGGUGCAUUUGUCUGAGAGAAAAGCCAAUAGGCCAGGCAACUACCGUACAUUACAUUACAUAACUACAUGCAAUACAAUACAACUCAUCUCUGGACUUAAUGCCAUCGUGAACGAACUGGAAACACUAAUUGACAUAUCUUUUCAAAAGGAAUGUGUAUUAAAUUUUACUAAAAAGCUUUCAAAAUGUCUUUAAUACUGUACCAUAUUGUACCAUGACCAUUCUGUACAUGGAGAAAUGAUUCUGUUUUGUUUUGUUUUUUGUAGUUUGUUGUUUUUUGUUUAUCAUUUCUUAUCUUUUGUCAAAGUUCACCUUCACCUGGUUGGGCAGUGUUUAUUGAGGCCCAGUAUAUAAUGGUAAUGGAGUACGAGUCUGCAAAAUACCUCCUUGCUAAAUUCAAUAUCUUUUUUCAUGUCUCUUCUCUUCUCUUCUCUUCUCUUCUCUUCUCUUCUCUUCUCUUCUCUUCUCUUCUCUUCUCUUCUCUUCUCUUCUCUUCUCUUCUCUUCUCUUCUCUUCUCUUCUCUUCUCUUCUCUUCUAAGCUCUUCUCUUCUAAGCU